AUGCGCACCGAAAAUGCUGCUUCGGAUAGUAUUGUGCUCGCAUAUAAUCGCUCUGCACGGUUUCUGGGUCAUGCACGCGUUGCAUUGGACAAGCUGAGUUUCGACAAAUCAAUGAGGACUGGACACCGUGAAGUACCAGAAAAAGUCACGAACCAGCUCAUAAGCGUAUUCAAACUAGAAGGCUGCCGGCGUUUUGACGAAGAGACUUUUAUUGAUGUGUUAAUUGAUCAGAAACUCUUCGAAAGUAUACUAUUAUCGACAGAAUUCACACUGUCAUCCUUCCGUGAGGAAACCAGGAAAUGCGCUGCGCGUGAAAUACCUUUCUUAGAUCUGAGCCAGAAAGUCGACUGUCUCAACGGACUUCGACGUACUAGAGCCGCUCAGAAGUUCUUGGAUCCGAAUGAUCAAUGGUGGGUCGUGAAGUUGUAUUCCGAGGAUUUCUCGUUUGAUGCCCGCGAAUCCCUCGUUCAAUCCUAUCAGCAUGAGCACAAGUUUUCCGAUGGAAUAAUUUUCCGAAACAUCCGAAAAGCGAAACGAGAUGGAAGGAUAGAUGACGAGAAUCUUUGGUGGGCCAGAUUAACAGAUGGAAAAAGGAGGGAUCUUCGCCAGUUGAUCAAGAACAAAACUUUGAUUACAGGCUUUGACAAUUUGUUGCAAUAUCCGGGAUUAUGGGAUCCUGUUCAACUGGGUACACUACAUCGUUUACAUGGGCUGCGUUGCGAAGAGGAGCUAGCCAACUACUUAGCUCACAUAAAAGAUGUUUGGAGCUUUAUUGUGGGUGAUGGCAGCUGCCAUCAUGUUGACACGAGUACAGUGCAGUCCCUAGAGCUUCGUGCCCCAGGAGUGUCAAAAUGCGACGCACACAAUAUCAUGCACGACAGCAAGAUAUUUUCCUCUGUUAACCACCAACAGAGAUCAUUGUAUCUGAGCCGCGUGAGUCUUAUAAAGCGAAUUAUUCCAUCCCUGCGGGUAUUCUUCGAAAAUCAGAAAUACCUCGAGCCCUGCAGUUUGGUUUUGAGAAGCCUAUUGAGUGCCAAUGAGAAACGCUCGCUUUGGAAAGCGUUCAGUGCCAAUUACUUCACUCCCCAGCAGUUUGAAGUACAGACGUCAGAAUACGAACACACCAUUGUAAAUACGACAAUUCUCAACAUGCCAAGGGAUGAGCAACAGCAAUAUCAAAAACAGAUAGGUUAUCUCCAACUAUGGUUGUUUUGCCUUCGAAAUUUCCCAGAGAUGACUAGUAUAACGCCUAGGAUUGGCAUCAGCGGAAAGAAAGUCCGCAGCAAGAGGAACGAGGCCCUCUGGCAGAGACUUGGUUUCCUAGCCUGCAAGUAUGGUUUUCGGACUGAACGGGCCGAGCAAUUGGCCGCUGCCAAUCCAGAUAAGGAGCACAUAGAUCAAUUUUUGAGCGCUGCACGAUCAGGGUGUGACAGACACAACGAAUAUGAUAACAUUGUGUCAAAGAUCAUGGCAUUAAUAGAAACCAUACCGGUUUCUCCGAGGGAAUCGUCGGAAAUACUCGUUGGUUCGAACUUUUGUGAUUUUGCAUUUCGAGACGGAAGACCACACCAGGACGAUCAUGAAGCCGACAAAAACUCCUUAUUCCUCCGUCUAUUCAGCAUUGAUACACAGUCGAUGGGAGCUCACACGGAAUUCACAACUUUGUAUGUAAAGCGUGACUUGUUAGAGGCAUUCUUCUUCAGUACUUCCUUUCGAGUACAGCUUCCAGAUGCUACAUGGACGUUACCCCGAAUACCCAUUGGAAGUUCCACUCCCUGGUCUAGAAAUUUUUCGGAACUUCAGUCCCAGCUACUCGAAGUUCAAAAUGAUAUGGAGGAGCAGAGACAACGGUUUCUCCUGGAGAAACGUCAAUGGGAUAGUAGAAUUGAGGGGCUUCUGGAGGAAAACCGCCAAUGGGAAAGGUCUAAUCGGGAACUCACGGAUGAAAGAACAAGAAGAACUCUUCAAGUGCAAGAGGAAAACGAAAAGACGCAGCGGCUGUACGAGCGGAUUAAAAUUCUGGAAAAGGAGUGUUCUGACCAGGAACAAGAGCUUCAGGAGUAUCGCGAUGACAAUAUGUUCGGCGAUAGAUCCAAUGAGAAUGUGGGAGCUUCAACCGAGCUUCAGGAAUUGAGACAACAGCUCGAUGUGGCCAACUUUGAGCAUGGUAAAAGCUGGGAACAGCAAGAAUCUAUGCGACUGGAGCUCGAAGCAAGGGUACAAGAGUCCCAUAGAUCCAUUGAGUCGCUACGCGAAGAGAACGUCACUAUGAAAGUAAAGCUGCAAAAACUAUCUGAACAAAACGGCACACAUGUCGCCGACAACCAAACCCUAGUCGACAAACUCAAAAGCUAUAAAGCUUUGGAAAUAGAGCUACAUGAAGAGAAAAGUCGAAAUGCUUCAACAGAUGAAGCACAACAACGUUUCGUACUUGAGAAAAAAUCGCACUCAUUUACAACCGAGCAAUUAGUCCACGAGAGAGCUCACGCCGAAACCAUGAAAAAGCAGAUAGAAAAGUUGGAAGAAGAUAUAGUAUCGUUUCAACAGCAAUUACGUGACAAAGAUGCUGAAAAAAAACAGAUCGAAGAAUCAUCGGUCUCAUUGGAGGAAGAUAUCGCAUUGUUGCGGAAACAACUCCAAGACAGUGAAGGAAAACGCCCUACAUCGAACCAUGAAAAGGAGGAGCAGCUUUUAUCAUUGAACAAUCAACUCGAUCAACAGCGGCAAGCUUACAAAGCAAUAUCAAGUGACUUGGAGCAAGAGAAGAGUCAGUAUGAAACGACCAAAGGACAGCUCGCAAGUGAGAGACAUGCGCAUAGUCAGUCUCUCGAAAUGCAUGCUGAUGAGAUUGCCUCCCGCGAUAGAAAAAUAGAGAAUCUAGAAGGCCAGUUAGGAACAGAAAAGCAACUCUUAGUGAGAGUGAAUGAACGUCUGGCAAGCGUGCUGGAGGAGCAGUCGCAAGAAUUCUUGAGACUCAAGCAAGCCGAGACCAAAUUAAAGGACAGCAGUGCACGCCAUCGAAAUUACGUAAGGUACAUGCGACAUCGCGAGUUACUCUGGCACGUAGAUGAUGACUACUGGCUCAAACGAGAAACCAACACAGAUGCUGCAGACGAGGCUCUUGCAGAAUCGACCCGAAGCAUCAUGAAUCAAGGGGUUUCUCUCACAAGGACUUUUGAUAUACGAGAUUUCGAAAUGCAGGUAGAGACUGAAAAAGAACAGGAUGUCGUUCAUCUUAUCAAUGUGGAUCCCUACCCAGGCGAUCAUAUCAUGAUAAUCUAUGUACGAAAGAUUGAAGGUUUUCGUUCUGCCAAAUACUUCAUACCCUCAUCAACCUCUAUUCCACUAAGAAAUUUUAUCAACGCUCUUCCCAGCAGCAUAACCUUCUGCAUCGUACAACGUAAAGGAAAUGAGUACAUACCUCUUGUAUUUCCGUUUUCGGAUGCUACACAACUGAUAGAUACUUGCAAGCGGCAGGGAGUUUGCUAUGUAGGAGAGAAGAAUGAUAUAGAUGCCUUGAUGGGAGUUUUACAUGGUUUAAACAGCGGUGGACUGCGAGGUAGCAAGCGACCAGGUGAAUCUGGUAACCAGAAGUUGUCCAAAUUUAGGGAAAAGUAUUGAUGUAUCAACAUAAUGCAAUAAAUGAUGCCCAAAACUCUACCU